GCAUUCCACCGCAACAACAGACAGUCGCAGACAUGGAGAGUCCUCACGAACACCAGCAAAGCCAGCUGCUUUCGCGCAUUAUUGUCAACGUAGAGAAACUCAACGAGGCCAUUAUGAUGCUGAACAAGAAUCUGCAAGAGAUCAACAUCCAGAACAUGGACACGGAGCUGGUGGCGCAGAUGUUCAAGAACUACCAGUCCAAUGUGCUCUUCCACCUUGAAGCAACAAACGGUCUCAAGGAUCCUGCGUGAGGGACAGUGGUGGCAGCCUGUGCAUCUGUGGACUGGGUGCUCGGCAUUGGGUAAACAGUGAAUGGGUUUAGUAGGCGACGCGUAUUUUGCAUUGCGCAAGCGCAGAGCCGGAUGGAUUAGAUACCAGAGUAACGAGACAUGAACAAUACAAGACUUUUGCAC